AUGGCCCCCACUUCCUUUUGCUGGGGCUGCCUUUCGAACCUUCAGCGGGGGCCACGUCUGUUGCAGCCGCUCUCCGCUCUCCGAAUCGCUCCCUUCCAUACCACAGCCCCGGCCUUUGCGUUGCCCAUGAAGAAAAAGCCAGGCUCAGGUCAAUCGGAAGCCCCUAAGUUCCGCGAAUCCCUGUCCGCUCGAAUUAACAAAAAGGUGAAGCGUGAGAAACCUCGGCCUCCGGCCCCGGGUGAACGUAGGGCGGCGAAGGAACGCAUUGUACUCAGCAAUACCAACGCCCUCGAGGUUCCAGAUAUGCAAGAGCUCUCUGUGGAGAAUAUGACAAACGCAGACUUGCGUGGCCAUACAGUUGGACUUCCUAUGGCGUUGAUAGACCGAUUAAGAGGCGCCCGCGCGUUCAAAACCACUCAGGGCUGGAGUUUGUUUAGGAGACCCGGUACUCUGGUUAGACAGGAAACGCUCGAGCUGGGGAGGUUAAUUACUGGUAUUGGGGAUGGCGAGAGCGAAAUGAAAGGGAAAACUAUCAAGAGAAUCAUUACUGGUGAUAAAGGGACUGGGAAGAGUGUCCAUUUGACUCAGGCCAUGACCUUAGCUCUGUUAAAAGGCUGGGUUAUUGUCACUAUUCCUGAGGCUCAAGACCUCACGAUCGGCCAUACCGCCUACGCUCCAUCUCCCUCAGACCCAGGAAAGUACGUGCAACAGGACGCCGUGGCUAAAGUACUGCAACGUAUGAUUGCCGCCAAUGCCCCUUUGCUAGCUAAGCUUCAUAUUUCACAAAACCACCUGAAUUUAAAGGCACCCGUUCGCCCCGACAUGACUCUCGAGCAAUUAGCUAAACUUGGAAUCGAUGACACUGCACACGCCUGGCCGAUAUUUCAGGCUCUUUGGUCAGAACUAACAGCGACCGAAGCAACUACUAAUGUUGACGGCCAAAAGCCAUUCAGUACUCGUCCACCAAUCCUAGUCACAGUCGAUGGCCUUGCGCACUGGAUGACGAAUUCCCAAUACCGCACUGCCGAAUAUGAGAUUAUCCAUGCUCACGAUCUCGCACUGGUAAACCACUUCCUUUCUCUGCUGUCGUCGGAACGUUCUUCCCCAGCACUCCCUAACGGAGGGCUUCUCCUCUAUUCUACAUCUACCUCAAAUACACCAACUUUAUAUACGUUUGAGGUCUUGCUCGAACAGCUUGCUGCGCGUACCGCUGGCAUACCCACAGACUCGUCGGAAUUCCCUGCUGUUAGCCAAUACCGCCGCCCUGAUCAACGAGUCCUUGCUCUCCUUAAUGAAGCGAAAGAUCUGUCGACGCAAAGGCUCACUGGCCUGGACAAGAAGGAUUCUAAAGGCCUGCUUGAGUAUUUUGCACACAGUGGCAUCCUGAGAGAAAAAAUAACAGAGGAAUUCGUCAGUGAGAAGUGGACACUCUCUGGAAUGGGGAUCAUCGGUGAACUAGAAAAGUUGGGAAAAAGAAUCAGAGUUCCUCCGCCAAUACCGGCUGCGAACUGA